AUGAGAAGUGUUCUUGUUGCUGGCUGGAGAACCGGAAGUUCUUUUACUAGUGCCAUUAUUAAUUCACAUCCAGCUAAUUUUUAUUAUGCCGAACCACUGCAGGACUUUGGUGAUAUACGGAUACGAGGUCCCCUGUUAGUAGAUGCUGCAAUUAAAAAUAUUCAUGCAUUUUUCAAUUGUGAAUAUAAUAAAUUGCAACACUUUAUAGAUUUCGGUGCAUCGUUGCCAUGGGUUUACGAUAAAAAUCAAGGAUUAUCGUCCUACUGUAAAAAUCAAAGAGAUUUGUGCUCGGAUCCAGUAUUUUUAACAGCAGUUUGUCAGCUAUAUCCAUUUCAAUCGAUGAAACUAAAUGCGCUACCACUGGAAUAUGCUCAAUUGUUACUGGAGGACGAAUACCUGGGAGUUCGCAUGAUUUUAUUAGUAAGAGAUCCACGAGGAACAAUGCAAUCGCGUAGGCGACUUGAAUGGUGUCAAAAUUCUACUGAUUGCUCAGAUCCAAAAGUUCUGUGUAACGACAUGGUAUCAGAUUAUAAAGUCGCCGCCAAGCUUAAAAAAAAAUAUCCACAUGCUUUCAAAGUCGUACGGUGUAUGAAGAUCUAUCUCUCGAUCCUCAGCAUAAAGCGAAAGAAAUGUUUGAAUUUUAUGGUCUGAACUUUCAUUCAAAUGUGAAAAAGUUUUUGGAAACACAUACUAUAGCUAUUUUCGAUACGUAGGAUUAAAAAGAGGGUUUGCGGCAUGCUUGGAUUGGCGACACAAGUCUUGGGUUAUGCCGCAUUCUCAACGAGAACGAGUACAUACAUCUUUCUCGCACGAGCGAAGCAAGUGCGAGAGAGAUGUAGGUACGAGUUCUCGUUGUGAAUGUAACAUAUCCCUAGACGAGUGUUGACAAUACAUGCAUACCGUAUCCCUCUUUUUAAUCCUUUGUAUCGAACAAUAUUUUUUAUAACGACUGCCUUUAAAGUUUAAUCGAGAGGAAUUCAAUCAUUUAGAGAAUAAAAAAUUACCUUCUAAAUAUAAACAAUUGUACAAGUGUA